CCACAGUUCCCAAAAGUAUUUCAGAGCAGCCUGUGAAAAGCCUGGGGGCUCCCUGCCCAGCAGCCUGCACACUCUGCCGGCCGAGGGUCCCUUCCUGGCUCUUGAUGGUGACAGAACCAGCAGGGAAGUCAUCAGUGCUCUACUGGACAGCCGCCUCGUACUCUCCACCUGCUCCCUCCCUGCUGCUGCCGCCGAUUCCAGCCGCCUUUUUCUUUAGGUCUCGCCAGAUGGCUAGCGCUCCUCCCCUUCCGGUGACCCCCGGACCAGGUUUCAGCCGAGGCCGCGGCCGCCGGCAAACUCCUGCGUGUCCCGCGCCUCCUGGCAACCCCCGCGCCGGACGGCGGCCGGGAGUGCAACCGGAACAGGCGGCCCGGGGUUGGCGCCGCCGUUGCCGGCCCAAGAGCGGGACAAAGCCGUCCCUGUCUGCCGACCCGACCAGAGCUAAUUUUUUGCACUUGCUGGCUCUGGGGAAGCAAAUAUUUGUCAUGGGACUUUGGGGAGAGGUUGCAGAAAGCGUGCACCCUGCUAGCCUCUGCGCCGCCGGAUCCCCGAGCCCUGGCCCCAGUCCCUGGCGAGCUAAGAUCGCAAUGUGCACAGGAGAUCACAGGAUGGCGCCAGCGGUCUUCCGAGGGAUACCGUCGGAGCACGAAGAAGAUUCCGCGUCAUUCCCAGAGCUACUGCUUUGGUCUGUCCUUCCGCUAGCCCGGUUCUAGUAAGAGGCAGCAAGAGGUUUCUUUGUGAAAAAUGCUCCAACUGAAGCCUGGGAUGCAUCAGCCCUUGGAGAAGAAGGGACCUUCUGAGAGGAGAGUGAAAGAGCAGAAGACUCAGCCUGAGAAAGCUGGAUUCUCCUCUAUGUCCUACAGCGAGAAAUAUUCCUUGAUCCAGGAUCAGGCUCGAGAGUUGACCCACCUGCGGGAAAAGAUAAGGAUUGGGAGGGCUGUCUCUUCCCUUCUCAUCCAACAUGUUCAGAACGCAGUGAAGACCUUUGAAGAGCUCCUCAGCAGUAAGAAGAUUGACUAUAACGUGGAACAGCAUUUCCGUGAGCAGCUGGCCAAGGGCAGCCAGCUGGCAGAGAGCCUCGCCAGCAAGUUCAACACAGUUUGGAUUUCAGAUGACUGUAUAAGUAAGAAGAAUCAAAGAGAACAGGUCCUGAAGAAACUCAGUAUCUUAAGGGAGAAGCAGAAGAUGGGUAAGAAGACAGAAGUCCUGCAGACCCAGCAGGAUGCCCAGCCACAGACUUGGCCCCAGACCUGCUCCAGCAGCCAUGCCCAGUCCACCGCCCAUCACUCCCCUGGCAGCGCCUACCUGCUGCUCGAUGAGCAGAAAGUGUGCCCUGCAGUGGACGUGGCCAAUGUCAGCCCAGCCACUCCUACUGAUUCAGCUUCAUUGCCCAGCAACCACUCAGAAGCUGUAUCUGCUCAGCCCUUCUAUCCUUUGGGUGGCACCACAGAGCAGAAUGGGACACCAGACCCUGGGCAUCAUGGCAGCAAUCACCCAUGGGAAGAGAUGAAGCCUCAGAAGAUGAAUGCAUCCGGGAACCUAUCCUCUUCCUCCUCUUUGGACCGGCCCAACUCCAAGCCCUCUGGGGCCGACCUGCUGGAAAAGAAUCUUAUUGAGAUCCAAAACCUGCGCCAGCGCCUGGAGGAAUCUGUAUUCAUCAAUGACCGCCUGCAGGAGAGGCUGGAGUAUGUGCUCAGCGAUGCCGGCCAAGGAAAAGGUGCUGCACAGUCAGCUUCAGAUGUGUCCCUCGCCACCCCUCAUUCAUACACUGAGAGUCACUCUUCUGGCUCUGGUAAGGACAUCUUGUGACACGACACCAGGAGGGUCUACAGGAAUGUUUUCCAGAUUCUCCAGUUGUAUCCAACAGCAUUUGUGGGUGUAAACUUGGAGGCAUCAGACAUUACCUUUAAAUGAAUGGGUCAGAUUAAUAAAUUAUUAUUUAAAAAUUA